GUCACCUUUAAACCGCCAUAGCCAAAACCUUAUAGAAAGUGAGAAAUGGCGCAGGCGGGAAAAUGCAAGAGAAAGCGGCCGGAAAUUCAACCGGCGAUGAACGUCGGCGACGGCGAAGAGAAGACGAUACCGGUUGACCUGUCCGAUUUCGAUUCUAUCAAGAGAUUAAAAGUUGAAAACGAUGUUGAUCGACCUGUAAACGACGAAUAUUCAUUGAAUUCUUCUUCAGAUUCCGAAGAAUUCUCAUUAUCUACCUCUCGCAAUGUCAAAUCUGAUCAACAACAUCAAUAUCUUCUAAUGUAUCGUCGUGGAUUGAACAAUCAGAAGGUCAAGUUUUACAGUAACGGUUACGCGAGAGAGAUUAAUAAUGGAGAUGCUAUCAAUGGUGACGGUUUCAUCAGAGAGAUUAGGAUUAGUACUCCUCCGUUGAGCGAGAUUAUGGAUUCAUCAUCAUCACAGAAAUCCAGAAAAUCUGCUCUGAAUUUGAGAACGCAACCAACAGCGGCUGAAAUCGAUGAGUUUUUCUCUGUAGCUGAAAAGGAGGAUCGUACAAGGUUCAUAAACAAGUACAAUUUCGAUGUGGUGAAAGACAUACCUCUGGCAGGAAAGUACGAAUGGGUUCAAAUAAAGCCAUAGUUAUAGCUAGUUAACUUCUUUUUCUGUAUAAAAUUAACUCUUUUCAUUAUUGGGUUUGAGUAAUGGUGAAGAAGGUUCUUGAUUUGGUAAUGGUAUAAACUAUAAACAGCUGAUGAUUGAUGAUCUAGAUCAAUAAUUUUACACUCCAUUUUAGAUUCUUCAUCUUCUUUACAAGGUAGCAUCUAUGUAGAUUCUAGACUAUAUUUCUCAGACUCACUGACUACUGAGUGACAGUGAGUGGUCCAGAAUGGGCCUUUAAUCUGAAAUAGUCUGUACAUGGAAAAAGUGCACUUUGUUCAAGCUUCUAUUACCUUCUUCUUUUUACAGAC